UUUUCUUUAGGCCGAGCUUUCUCGAAGAGCAUGGCAAUUCGCGUCACGCUUGAGUGUGGACACGCGUCGAUGGUACGUUCCCAUCUCACUCCUGAGGGCUACACACACGACUGGGAGGUGUUUGUGCGCGGAGUGGACAAUGCGGAUAUUCAUCAGUACGUUGACAAAGUGGUAUUCCUCUUGCACGACUCGUUCAGGAAUCCUAAGAGAGUACUGAAGGAACCGCCGUUUGUGGUGAAGGAAUCUGGAUAUGCUGGCUUUCUGAUACCGAUUGAAAUUUAUCUGAAGAAUAAGGAUGAGCCCAAGAAGUUCCAAAUAGCAUACGAUCUUGACUUGCAGAAAAGUGGUCCACCCAUCAACAAUGUCUUACGUCACACGGAGGUGAUCAACAAUCCUUCAGAGGAGUUUAGAAAGAAAUUAUUGAAAGGUGGAGGUGUUGUGUUAUUCAAUAAAGACAGUUUGUUGGAGAAGAGCGACGUGAAGACAUCCGGGAUGAUCGGCAAACCGAAAUUGAGCAGCGACUCCAGGAAACAUCGCAUCACCGAGUCGAGAACUUCCAACUCGUUUCAUGAGCUUUUUGGGACUCCUAUUAAAACGGCCAAAAUAUCGCCAGACAACAAGAAGGUGGCGCAGCCGGAGAAAAAUUCAGUUCCUAAAAUCAGUUCGCUAAGUCUUACCGAGAAGUCUGACAAAGUAGACAAAGCGAUAAAAACAAAGGAAAAUCCCCACAAAGACAGCCGGAAAGACAAGGUGGAUGAGAAGAAAGAUAAAAAAGUUAGAGAUAGCUCUAAAGAUAAAAUCAAGAGCAAAGAAAAACCCAAGAGACCACCUAGUCCUGGCAACAAAAGUCACUCGAGUCCGUCGAACAAGAGACCGGCAUCUCCAGUCGUUACGAAGAAAUCGGCUAGUCCUCUCCCGCCGUCCUUAAAGCGACCACUAUCUCCUAAGCCUAAGGAAAAGGAUCCGAAGAAGAUCGUACCGGACAAAGAGAAGGAUAACAAGGAGAAAGACAAGGCGAAGAACAACUCCAAGAACAUCGUCGAUUCUUCCAAAUCCGAGAAGAAGAAGGAUAAGAAGAAAGACAAGGAGGAUCGAGACAAGGAGAGAAAGGAAAAGGACAAAUAUAAGGAGACGGAGAAAGCUAAUGUCAAAGACCUCACCAAAGUCGUUGAGAAGAAGCCCGAGAAAACGGACAAGGUAGAAAAAUCGGAAAAGGAGAAACUCCAAGAAUACAAGUCGUCCAAAGACGGUAGGAAAUCUCCGAAACCAAUGAAAGAAAAUGACAAGGUGAGGGAUGACAAAGCGAUAAAAGUGGAUAAAUCGGAGAAAAGCGAGAAGCCGGAGAAACUGAAGGACGGCAAGAGUGACAAGGACCGGCAGAAACAUAAACACAAAAAGAAAGACAAAAAGGACAAAAGAGACAGCAAUAAGGAUAAGGAGAGAAAAGAGAAACGCGACAAGAGCAAGGAUGGCAACGAGAAGCCGAACAACGUGUCUGCCGCGCCGCUUGGAAAUCCGUUAUCGACCCUUCUCGCGGAGAUUCCCGAGAGGGAUAGCAGCGACUCGACGCCUUCGGUGGACGACGAUGCCAUGUCAGAGAGCAAACCCUUGCUCGUCGCGAAGAAAGAGCCAGAACACGCGGUGGUGCCCACUCUACACGCGGAAUCGGCAAAGCCCCUGUCUCCCGGCAUAUCGAUGGAAGUGAAGAAGGACAAGAGCGAUCGUAGCCGGAAAGACAAGUCCAAAAGGAGCAGAAGCGAAGAGCGGGAGAGUCGUAAGAAAAAGAGAAGAAGCGAGAGCAAAGGCGAUGACAAGGUGAAACGCGAGAAAAGCGAACGCGACCAGUCGAUCUCGCCGCCGUUGGAGCCGGUCUCGUCGAGCCAGUCCCCGGUUGCAAUGGAAGUCGAUCCCGUUCAUCACGCGGAGAAAGAGACUAAGAAGGACUUGAAGAAAGAGAAGGACGAUCGUGAGUCGCAGGCGAUCAAGGAGGAGAAGAGCAUGGAGGUCGACGCUGAGCAGGUGGCGCCCGAUUCUACUAAUACCUCCUUGGUGGACACGGAACUCAGCGAGCCGCCAGUCUUCUCCGAGGACUAUGUGUCACAACUGAAGGACCUGCAGCAGAAAAUCAUGACGUUGCAGGACAAUCAGGAGCUGCAGAGGGUUGUGCAGGUGAUCGCCGAGACUGGUCAAUAUGAGAUCACGAAGAAGACGUUCGACUUCGAUCUGUGCGCGCUGGAUCGCAGAACAGUGCAGCGUCUUCAGCAGUUCUUCUCCGCUUCGUGACCAUCUGUAGUGUAAAAUGAGAUACAUUAAUUUAUACAUGUAUAUAUACACACAGUAUUAUAUAUAUUAUAACAUGUAUUUAUUAAUAUAUAUAUAUAUUGUGUGUAAUGUACACAGAUUGAGUCAAUAACUACUGUCACCUUGAAUAUCUUUGAAGCAAGAAACAGAGGUGAUCUUCAGAUUUUUUAUUUGGGAGAAAACCAAAAUAAAUUUCUUUAUUUUAUUCUAAUUAUGCUUUUUCUUGAGGAGAAUAGCUUCAAAGAUCGAAGGACACCUUUGUCUUUUGUUUCAAAGAUAUUCAAGGUAAUAAUAGUUAUAUUAGCUCAUCCUGUAUAUGAUAAUAUAAUAUAUAUAACAUUAUAAUAUAUGUAUACACACAA